AUGUCCAAAUUUUUAGUAUUGAACCCAAAUCCGGAAGAUUUGGAACUGGUUCUUGCAAAGGCAAAUCUUCAAAACUCGAAAAAUGGACCUUUUGAAGCGGUUCUUUUAUUGGGGAAUCCAUCGAAUUCAAAUGAUUGGAAAGCCCCCACCAUUGAUAUUACACAACCUACGUAUGUGGCUAGUGACUCAACGGAAUUAUCCGAUAUCAAGGAGAAUUUCCAUCGAUUAAAUUCCACCUCUUGUCUAAAAAUUUUAACUUUAAAGUGUGGAUUUACCAUUGGAUAUCUCACCUCACACGUGAUUGAUGUUGCCUUGCACAAUGAAAUCCUUACCAAUAAACACCUCCCACUGGUGGACAUCUUGGUUACAUAUCAUUGGCCCGAGGCCAUUUCCCUGCUGCAAAAACUCUCUCUUGUAGGAAAUUCAUUCAUUGAUUCUGUAGUGAAAGUCGCAAGACCAAGGUACCAUUUUGCAGUCGGUAGUGAACGUGGAAGAUUCUUUGAAACUGACUCCUUUUCCUGGAAGGAUGAACCUAACCAUCUGUCGACCAGAUUUAUAAGUUUGGGCCAGAAUGGGAGUGGUGACAAGUGGUUCUAUGCGUUUGCUCUCAAUGAAAUAGACUCCAUGGAAAAUGUCAAGGGGGUCAAUUUCUUUGAACAACAGCCCAUGAAACAACUUGAGAACGAUUCAACCCCUUCACAAUCUCUCAAGAGACCGGCAACUGAAGAAUUGGACCGUCCUGUGGCGAAAAAAGUCCAACCAAGCCAAUGUUUCUUUUGUUUGUCGAACCCCAAAUGUGAAACCCACAUGAUCAUUUCAGUGGGGCAGAACUGUUACAUGACCAUUGCCAAGGGUCCCUUAACCAGACCUGGCGGUGGCAGGGGUGGGAACACGGCCCCAUUAGACUUUUCUGGCCAUGCCAUUAUCAUUCCUAUAGAGCAUAUCCCUUCGAUCAGAUCGAUUUCCACAAGCGUUAUGGACACACCUUUGUACCAAGAGAUCAUCAAGUACCAGGACUCGCUCAUUGCCACAUUCUCCCAGAAGGCUCCAGACUACAGGUUGGUCUUUUUCGAGAUCAACAAGUUGUCCAAUGUCCAUCAACACACCCAAUUCCUCCCGGUCCCCUUGCAUGCCAUCGGCUCCUUUGAGGACGUUCUCGAAGAAAAGACCAAGAUGAACAACGAGAAGUUUGUUCGCAACCAAAGCUUGACCUUCCAAAAGUUCACCAACCCGGCCGACGAACGGUUGGUGAGCAUUUUGAACGGGUCGGACCACAUCAUCUUCACGGUCAGUGGCGAAAGGAAGACCUACUACGUGGCCAAGCUCGUCGACGACAAGCCCGUGGACUUGCAGUUCCCCCGUAGAGUGUUGGCGUCCAUUCUCCGCAGUCCAAAGAGAGUGUAUUGGGAGAAGUGCAGACAGUCCAAGGAGCAAGAGGUGAACGAUUGUGAAACGUUCAAAAGGUUUUAUCAGGAAGGAAAGCUUGAGUGA